UAACGGGACGUGGGUGAGGCACGGAGCUUGGUAUUUUCUCUGGUCUCGUGUUCAUCCAGAACAACUGCGUUAUAAAACCGAUAAUAAGCAUGUUUUAAUGCUAAUGUUCUGACGUACUUAUACUAAUGUCCGCAGUGAUUUAGCGGAAUCUGAAGUUUCACGUGCAGCCGUCAGUUUGUUCCAACGGUCUCUGACGGUAGAGAUGAAACUUUAGCCAUUAGGCUCGUUCCUACACCGUCCUAACCCGAGUACUUCUCAUUCAGCUGGUUAAUAGGAAUACACCAGGAAAAAAAAAAUGCAGGACGACAAGCCGGAGUCGACCGAAGCCAAGGGCGCAGAGGGUCCGGGCGCAAGCGGCGCCGGGGAGAAAGCGUUAAGUAACGUGAGAGAAGCAGAAGCCACCAAACCCAAAGGUAUCAGCGCCGUGGCUGUGCUGUGGACCUUCGGGAAAUGUCUGAGCGCCUUGCUCCCCGUCUAUCUGGCCGGGUACUAUCGAGUCAGCACCAGCCUGCUGGUGUGCGGCAUGAUGGUAUACACGGGAUGGAAACAUGCUCGAGAGGCGAAGGAAGAGCGUCUGAGGUCGGCUAUGCAGUUGUUGGACAGCGAGGAGGAGUACACGUCCAUGAAAUCAUCCAAAAUCAGGAGAGACCUCCCUGCGUGGGUCAACUUUCCAGACGUGGAGAAGGUUGAAUGGCUGAACAAGGUACUGCAGCAGGUGUGGCCGUUUGUGGGCCAGUACCUCGAGAAGCUGCUGAUGGAAACAAUCGCUCCGUCCAUCCGAGCUUCAAGCGCUCACCUCCAGACGCUCAGCUUCACCAAAGUGGACAUGGGAGACAAGGCCAUGAAGGUGGUGGGCAUCAAGGCACACACGGAGAACGACAAAGGACAAGUCCUGCUAGACCUCUACAUCAGUUACGUUGGAAAUGUGGAGAUCAACGUCGAAGUGAAAAGAUACUUUUGCAAGGCGGGAGUCAAAGGAAUUCAGCUACAUGGGAUGAUGCGAGUGAUUCUGGAGCCUCUGAUUGGAGAUGUGCCCAUAGUGGGAGCCGUCACCAUGUUUUUCAUCCGUCGGCCUAAACUGGACAUCAAUUGGACUGGAUUGACCAAUUUAUUGGACAUUCCUGGACUAAAUGUUAUGUCAGACAGCAUGAUUAUGGACGCCAUUGCUUCGUUCUUGGUGCUGCCCAAUCGCCUUGUUGUCCCACUCGUCCCGGGUUUACAUGUGGCUCAACUACGCUGUCCGCUACCCAGGGGUGUGGUGCGCAUCCACCUGCUGGAGGCACAGAAUCUUGUUGCCAAAGACAACUACGUGAAAGGGGUCAUGGCGGGGUUAUCUGACCCAUACGCCAUAUUAAGGGUGGGGCCUCAGACCUUUACCUCCAAACACAUCGAUAACACAGAUUGCCCCAAAUGGGGAGAGAUGUAUGAGGUUAUUGUCCAUGAAGUGCCGGGUCAAGAGCUGGAGGUGGAGGUUUAUGACAAAGACACAGACAAGGAUGAUUUCUUGGGAAGGACCAAAUUAGAUCUGGGUAUUGUGAAAAAGUCCACAGCGGUUGAUGACUGGUUCACUUUGAAAGACACUCCAUCCGGACGCGUUCAUUUCAAGCUAGAGUGGUUGGCCUUGCAGCCUAACACUGAACAACUUGAGCAGGUCCUAAAAAGGAAUGAAAGCGUCACCAGCAAGAACUCCAACCCUCCCUCUUCAGCUAUCUUGGUUGUGUAUCUCGACAAAGCUGAGGCACUUCCCAUGAAGAAGGGAAAUAAGGAGCCCAAUCCCAUGGUGCAGAUAUCUGUGCAGGGAACCACCAGAGACAGCAAGAUUUGCUACACCACCGUCAACCCAGAGUGGGAGGAAGCUUUCACUUUCUUUAUCCAAGAUCCUCGGGCUGAGAACAUAAAUGUUCAGGUGAAGGAUGCUGACCGCGUGCAGACGUUGGGCAGUUUGACCAUCCCUCUGUCCCGUGUACUGGAAACUUCCCAUCUUUCUCUAGACCAGUGGUUCCAGUUGGAAAACGCUGAAUCUGUUGGUCGCAUCUACAUCAACGCAGUUCUCAGGGUCUUGUGGUUGGAUGAGGAUCGUAUUUCAGCUGAGGUCUCUUCUAAUUUGGCAGCUGGACUUUCGAAACAAUUGGCCCAGCAGUCCUCCCCUCAUCCCAGCUUUGCUACUGAGGGGCUGCUUCGAAUUCACCUACUGGCAGGGCAGAAUCUUGUUCCCAAAGAUAACCUGAUGGGUGGAAUGGUGAAAGGCAAGAGUGACCCAUAUGUGAAGCUCAACAUCGGAGGCGAAACAUUCACAAGUCAAGUUAUAAAAGGCAAUCUGAACCCAACCUGGAAUGAGAUGUAUGAGGUUGUUCUGACCCAGCUCCCUGGUCAGGAGCUGCAUGUGGAGGUGUUUGACAAAGACAUGGAUAUGAAAGAUGACUUCAUGGGAAGGCUGAAGAUAUGUCUGAAAGAUAUCACUAACUCUCAGUACAUGGACCAGUGGUUCACUCUCAGUGAUGUGAAGACUGGUCGAGUUCACCUGGUCUUGGAAUGGGUUCCAACUUCUUCAGAACCAGAUGGGUUGGACCAGAUCCUUCACUUCUACUCCAGACAAUCCUACCAGAACAAGACAAUUCCUUCAGCCGGUCUCCUGUUUGUGUAUGUCGAACAAGCAGAUGGAUUACCAGUGAAGAAAAGUGGAAAGGAUCCAAAAGUAGGAGUAGAGUUAAGUCUUGGAGAAAUGUCACGUAAAACUACAGUGUGUGAUCGUACAACCUCACCUAAAUGGAAUGAAGCGUUCUGCUUCCCUGUUCGUGAUCCAAGACAGGAAAUUCUUAUUCUUAAGCUCUCUCACAGCUGGACCCUGCCUAUUGGCUCUCUGAUUGUCCCUGUCAGAGAGUUGUUAGCUGAACCAGACCUGGUCUUGGAUCAGUGGUUCCAUUUGGAUGGAGCCUCACCUGAGAGUCAAAUCCUCUUAAGAACUGAACUCAAGAUUUUGGUUCCUACCAAGUGUCCUGUUGCUACUGAAAAGACUAAAGUCUCUGUAGUAUCAGACCCUACUCCAGCAAAACACAGGCCAGAGACAGACACAAUCCUCAGGUCAGCUUCAGUGGACACUCCUCCUGUGGAAACUAUUGUUCCCUCAGUGCCUUUGGAUGAGGAGGUUCAUGAAGUAAAGGAAACUGCAGCUGAUGUGAAGAAAGAUAAAGUGGAAGAGUCACCGAGCCCGGCUGUAGCACAACCCCCUCACACAUCCCCAGACCUCACCUUUGCCAGUGAGGGACUCCUGAGACUCAUCCUGUUGGAGGCUCAGAGUCUGGUUGCUAAAGAUAACAUCAUGGGUGGUCUGAAGAAGGGCAAAAGUGAUCCCUACGCCAAGAUCAGCGUUGGUGAGGUCAUGUUUAAAAGCGCUGUGGUGAAGGAGAAUCUCAACCCAGUCUGGAAUGAGCUCUAUGAGGUGGUGCUGAGGCCUCAGUCAGGGCAGGAGGUGCAGGUGGAAAUGUUUGAUAAGGAUAUGGACAAAGAUGACUUCUUGGGCAGGUUCAAAAUAAGUGUUUCGGACAUCAUCCGCUCUCAGUUCAUAGAUCAGUGGUACACCCUGAAUGAUGUGAAGUCCGGUCGUGUUCGUCUCAUUCUGGAGUGGGUCCCAACAGUGUCCUGUAAUGACAAUCUUGAACAGGUGAUGCAGCUGCAGUCUCUCCAGUCUUACCAGAACAAGGCUGUUCCCGCUGCAGCUCUGCUUUUUGUUUACAUGGACAGAGCACACUCGCUGCCUCUUAAGAAGAGCGGUAAGGAGCCCAAAGCUGGAGCUGAGCUCACAUUUGGGAACACAACUCACAGAACCAAGGUCUGCAAACGCUCCAGAUCACCGCAGUGGAGUGAGGCGUUCCACUUCUCGGUUCAUGACCCCCACCAAGAGAUGCUCAUAGUGAAGUUAUCCAGUGCAUGGGACCAGCCAAUGGGAUCACUGGUGCUCCCUGUGAGGCAGCUGCUCUCUGAACCUCAGCUGGUCCUGGACCAGUGGAUGCAUCUGGAUGGAGCUUUACCUGAAAGUGAAGUCCUCCUCAGGGCUGAGCUGAAGAUCCUUGCCACACGGUUGACAAAAGUUCCUCAGACAUCUGCCGCUACUUCAAAAGAAGAGGAUGCCCCCGUUCCCACUGAAAAGAUAUGCAAACCAGCUGAAGAGAAAAAAAGCCCAAACUUGGCAAUAAAUGACUCUCCUGUUGCAGUCCAACCUACACACUCUGAAUCCACACAUGACACGUCCCAUUCUCCUGCACUGGUGGAGGAACCAGCGUAUGCAGAAGAGCCGCCGAUGGAGUCACACUCUCAGGUGGACAGAGACGUGGAGCCACAGCCAGUUCAAACUGAGGAGACAGGUUUAGGAGGUCUGGCUCAGGCCACAGUUACAGGUCUUCCCACUGAUCCAGCACCACCAGCAAAGGUCACAGAAAUCCCCAAAGUGGCUCCAAGUCUUCCACCACACACAGUGCCGGGUCAGGACUUUGGUAAACAGGGGGUGCUGAGGAUCCACCUGCUGGAAGCCCAGAAUCUCGUGGCAAAAGACAACCUAAUGGGGGGGAUGGUGAAGGGCAAAAGUGAUCCUUAUGUCAAAAUCCAUAUCGGUGACAUCGCUUUUAAAAGUCAUGUCAUCAAAGAGAAUCUAAACCCAACAUGGAACGAAAUGUAUGAGGUGGUUUUGAGUGGCCGCAGCGAUCAGGACAUCAAGUUCGAAGCAUUUGAUAAGGAUUUGGAUUCAGAUGACUUCUUAGGAAGAUUCACUGUGAAGCUGAAUGAUGUCAUCAGAUCACAGUACACAGAUCAGUGGUUCACUCUGAAAGAUGUGAAAUCUGGACGAGUCCACCUGAUUCUGGAAUGGGUUCCUACUGUGUCAAACCCAGCAAGACUAGAACAGGUGCUGCAGCUUCAAACCCUGCAAUCAUAUCAGAACAAAGCUGUUCCCUCGGCGGCUCUGCUCUUUGUCUACAUAGAGGCGGCACACUCACUUCCAUUUAAGAAGAGUGGAAAAGAACCCAAAGCAGGAGUUGAGCUUGUUGUGGGUGAAACAACCUACAAAACUAAACUGUGUGACCGGAGCGCCAGUCCUAAGUGGAACGAAUCUUUCUACUUCAUCAUCCAUGACCCUAAGCGUCAGAUGCUUGUGGCUAAGUUGUCCAGUGGCUGGGACCAGCCAAUGGGAUCGCUGGUGAUCACAGUCAAAGAGCUCCUCGCGGCACCACAGCUGGUCCUGGAUCAGUGGUUUCAUUUGGAUGGAGCCUUACCUGACAGUCAGAUUCUGCUGAGGGCUGAACUCAAGAUUCUGAGCUCCAAGAUGGUGGAAAUGAUUGGUUCAGGGACUCUGCCCUGUGCUGCUCCUGCACCUGGAAAUGGCCAGGUGAAGUUGUCUCUGUCAUACACCUCAAAGGAGAAAAAGCUCGUUGUGAUCGUCCAUGCCUGCAGAGGUCUGUUGUCCCAAAGUAAGGAUGCUGUCGAUAGCUACGUCUCCCUCAUGCUGCUGCCCGACAAAAGUAAAGCCACUAAGAAAAAGACAGCAGUGAAGAAAAGAGACCUCAACCCGGAGUACAAUGAAAAGUUUGAGUAUGAUCUGCCUGAAAACGAGGCCAGAUUCAGGCGCCUGAGUGUGUCAGUGAAGAACAACUCUGCCUCCUUCAGGAGCCGGGAUGUUAUUGGACAGGUGCAGAUUGAGUUGGGCCAGAUUGACCUGAAGUCUGGAAUCACUGACUGGUUCACUUUGACUGAUGAUGCUGAAUAGCUGCCUUGCUCGCCCACUUGGAGAGUUUAAUGACUGAACUCUGCUGUUACUCUCACUAAUGCCUUCACUUUUCCACCACUGUUGCAGUUUUAACUGCAUCCACCCAGCUUAUUGUGUAUUAAUAUGAGUAUAAAAUGGACUGCACUGCGUAUAGGUUCCUGCACCACAGAUAAGAUGACAAAGUAGUCAAGUAGAAGGAAAGUAAUUAAGUUUAAAGAUGGAGCUGAGAAAGUGGAUGAUGAAGAACCCUUUGAAGAACUUUGUUUAUUUUUGUUGUUUUUUUUCCUGGUGAAUAAUGGUAAAAUAGGAAAGUUUUCUGCUUGAAGGGCAAAUAUGUUUUAUAUGAAUUCUUUAAUCAAUGUCUUGAUGCCAUUUCAAUAUUCAAAGCUUUUUCUUAAAAGGGCAGUAUUAUGUAAAAUUGUCUUUUUUGAGCUUUACAUCAUGUUAUAAUGUUAUACUCUCAUCAAAAACAUACCUGGAGUGUUGCCUUGAUUCUUUCAUGCAUGUUUGAGUAAUCUUUUAAUCUACUGUGGCAAGGAUUCUGAGGCGCCUAAACGCUUGGUCUCACAGAGCGCUGCCUUGUCCACAAAGGUCCUCCUCAGAGCUGCAGUCUCCAAGCUGAGCCUCCACCUCAACUCACUCACUCAGUUCCUUCAAACUAGCAGGAGCAGUAAUUAGUCAGCUGAGCUCAUUAUACAAGCUGCUGCUUCUCAGAGCAACUCUGGUAAAAAUGAUAACGUCUUAACAGAGAAACAUGACAUGCUGAAGACCGUGUCUUUUAAGUCAUAUUUGAUGUAUCUAUAUAUAUAUAUAUAUAUAUAUAUAUAACAACUCAAGGUAACGGUUAUUUGGUUUUGCUAUAAAAUGGCACAUUGUGCUUGGAAAAUACAUAAUACUGCCCCUUUGAAGACAAACAUAAACUAGGAAUUAUAAUCAUUUUACUGCACUUUGCCAUCUAUCAAGCUAUUUUGAUAAUCAAGCCAUCAAAAUAGCUUGACUAUUUUUCUACAUUUGUUUGUUUACAGUUUAGCUUGUUUGCUUCACAUGCUUUCUUUUUAUAAGUUUGUAUAUUUGUAACAACUUGAGAUCAUGUUGAAUCCUGUUUGCCGAAAUAUGGUAAAAAAAAAAUAAAUAAAUAAAUAAAUUUGUUUUGCAGCUUCA